AUGGAUUCCAAUUACCAGACUCUGGGGGCUUUUGCGAGCCGUUGGUGGAUUACUGUGGAGCAGACUCGGGCUAAAGAAGCGAGGAAGCGAGAUUCAAGAUUCGUUUUAUUCUUGAAAGCAAGACAAGAAAUGUUUUGCUGGGGAUUCUGGCAACAUUUCCUGCAGUUAACCUCAGCGAGCAAACUGUUGGAGGUGAAGCGAUCGAAGACAUUCCAACCUUCACCCCUGGAGCCUGGAGAGUAA